AUGACUGAAGAAGAAAUUAGAUUAAAUCCACAAAGAGUUAAAUCAGUAGCAAAAGCAGGCAUUGGAGACACAGAUGUAAGAUUGUGCCAAGGAAGUAUUGAAUUUCUCACAGAAAUGACAACAGAAUUUAUCGAACUAAUGGCUUUAGCAGCAAUUGAUAAUUCUGAGCGUCCAAAACAGUAUAUCGAUUCUACUGGAGUUGUUAAAGCAUUACGAAAACUCGGCUUUGAUUCAAUUGUCGAUGAAUUGCCUGAUCUUUCAGAAUAUGCCGAAGAUAUGCAAAAGACAACUAAAAUGUUUUAA